GAACCAGUGAUUGUCCGUCAUCCCCUCAAGAGCUUUCUUGAAUGGACACGGGUCGUUGAAUUUCCUGAGCGCGCGGGAUAUCCUUCCCAACUCAGCGCAUGCCGAUACAUCGCAGGCCACCGCUCACUCGAUUUGGACUAAUUUGCUGCUGGCUGCAGCUUCAACAACAUAUAGCGCAAAGGACUGUAUCUUGGAAAUAAACACCAACAGGGAGUGGCAGUAAAGCUAACUGUCAUGGACAAUUCAACCUAAUUUUAUGUAUGUCCGUGUCAGGGUAAACGCUUUUUUGCUGUUUCAAUUUUAAUUUUCAUGUGUAAAAUCAUAAUUCUCUACUAAACCCAUCCCGGGACACUACUUGGAUACCGCCUGCCUCUCACUUAGACUACAGUGUUAACGGGUCCCCUGCAUGUACUGGAACAAUGAAGUUCCAUCUCCACUCCCGGAGGAGAAUAAAGUCUUGUUGGACAAUGUUUUCGUUAAGCAGUCUCACUCGGACGGGGAGUCUUAUGCGGAUGUAAAAGAAGAGGCUCCUCUCCUGCCCAGUCCUCUGGUAACACCGUCUAUGUGCUUGCAUCCGACCCUGGCCUCCCCGACGCCGGUUCCGUCCACCGGGAAAAACCAGUGUGCCAGCUGCGGCACAGAGAUCCAAGACAGAUACCUACUGAAAGUGAACAAUUUGAAUUGGCACGUGGGAUGUCUGGAGUGUUCAGUAUGCAGAGUAUCAUUACGUCAGCACAAUAGCUGCUACAUCAAAAACAAAGAAAUAUUUUGCAAAUUGGAUUAUUUCAGUAGGUUUGGCACCAAGUGUGGCCAGUGCAGGCGCCAGGUGUAUGCCAGUGACUGGGUGCGGCGGGCGCGGGGCAGUGUGUACCACCUGGCCUGCUUCGCCUGCUACUCCUGUAAGAGGCAGCUGUCCACGGGGGAGGAGUUUGGUCUGGUGGAGGGCAGGGUGCUAUGUCGAGCCCACUACGACACCAUGGUGGAGAACCUCCAGAGAGCGGCUGAAAACGGGACGGGUCUCACUUUGGAGGGAGCCUUCCCCUCUGAUCAGGAUGGCCAACCCAAACCAGCCAAGAGAGCACGUACUUCCUUCAGCGCUGAGCAACUACAGGUGAUGCAGUCUCAGUUUAACCAAGACAACAACCCUGAUGCCCAGACUCUACAGAAGCUGUCAGACAUGACAGGACUGAGCAGACGGGUCAUACAAGUUUGGUUUCAAAACUGCAGAGCAAGACAUAAAAAGCACCCUCCACCCCAGCACAACGGUCACCUCCAGGGCGCCCCCCAUCCCCACUCCAGAAUGCCCCCCUCACUGUCAGACGACCUCUACUCCCCCUUCAGCAGUCCUGACAGACCACACCUACUGGCUCUGCAUGGAUACAUUGACAGUCAUCCCUUCUCGAUGCUGUCUGCCCCUAACCACCUCACCCACCCAGGCAUGGCCUUACCACAGUUACCCAUCAGCCGCUAACUAACACCCCUGAGACCACCACCUCCCCCACAAGCCUUAUCUCUCACAGAACUUUUCAUCCCGCAACAUUGAGAACAUUUCAACAUUUGCCUCUCCCAUUUGACUAUACAUGAGGACUGCUGCGGUUUCUUCCGCCUCCAUGGUCUGCAGAGUUGGAGAUAUCACAUUGUCAAAUGGACGGACAGUUUUAUAAUGGCAGCUAGACUUUAGAUCAUCUGUGGAAAAACAUCCCAGUCCAAUAUAAAUAUGGUAAUCAUCAGGACCAGAUUAGACCACCCAUCCAUUGACAGGGAAUACACUGAAACUCCAGGACCAGGAUUAGGAACAGGAAGACUAAUCUAACAGGAAAUCUCCUUUCAAUCAUUGUGGAUUAUGAUUUUUCAUCAUCUUAUUCAUCAACUGGUAGUACUAAAGGUAUUUCAUGUUUCAAUUCCCAUCGUUUUAAAUAUGACAUUUUUUCUGUCACUCUGUCUGCUUGUUUUCCUGUAUAAAACCCUCCCAUGCAUGGGCUAUUAUUUAUGUGUAAGGUGACGAUGAAUACUCUUCUGAUCUUGUGUGUUGAGAGAGAGUGUUGAGUGUUGUUAUUAACUUGUUUUGGUUGUAAAAUGGAAAGCUUAUGUGCCCCUUUAUUUAUUAAAAAAUAUACUUCACCAAGAA